AUACCCCUGAAAGGAACGACUUCCAGCCGCCACGGACGAAAUUUUAGUAUUUAGUGCGGCUGCUUUCCCUCCACGCCGGUUUCUCUCCGAGCUCAGAAGCAGAUACCUCCAGAGCUCCAUUUUUUCUUAAUCCACUGUGCUCUCUGAAUUUUGGAAACCCUAGAUUUCGUAAUUCGUCGACACUACAACUGAUAAAUCCACUCCGCAACAAUGGCGGCUUCGUUGCACGCGCACGGUGUCGAAACUCCGGGUCGCGGAUUCGUGAGGGAGUCGAAAUUAUGGUCAAAUGUGCCCAUCACAUUGCACCUGCUCAGGUUCUCGACUUCCAUCGCUUCGAGUUCUAGAUUGUUCUGUGCAGGAAGUGGAAAUUUUUCUGGGAGAGCGACGACGAAGCUAGUGAAAAUCGGUGACAAAAAAGGAGGAGGACGAGUGGAGGCUGUGCUUAAAGAGGAUAAGAUAGAGAAGCGAUUCUCAGAUGGAAAUGGGAAGGAUUUCACUUGUGUGAUGAAGUUCGGUGGAUCGUCGCUGGCGUCGGCCGAGAGAAUGAGGGAGAUCGCCACUCUUAUGCUCAGUUUCCCCGAGGAACGGCCCGUCGUUGUUCUCUCUGCGAUGGGCAAAACUACUAACAAACUUCUUGUGGCCGGAGAGAAGGCCGUCAGUUGUGGCGUCUCUAAUGCCUCGGAAAUCGAGGAACUGAGCUUUGUAAAGGAGCUGCAUCUUAGGACGGUGAAUGAACUUGGAGUUGAUCGGUCUGUUGUCUCUGCUCUCUUGGAACAACUGGAGCAACUACUGAAAGGAAUAGCUAUGAUGAAAGAGUUAACUCUCCGCACGAAAGACUACUUAGUUUCAUUCGGGGAGUGCAUGUCCACAAGAAUUUUUGUGGCUUAUCUAAAUACAAUUGGUGUUAGAGCACGCCAAUAUGAUGCAUUUGAUCUUGGUUUUAUAACCACGGAUGAUUUCACGAAUGCGGACAUCUUGGAAGCAACUUACCCAGCUGUUGCCAAGAGAUUACAUGGUGAUUGGGUUAAUGAUCCUGCAAUUCCCAUUGUCACCGGCUUCCUUGGGAAGGGUUGGAAAUCUGGAGCAAUCACCACAUUGGGUAGGGGCGGUAGUGACUUGACAGCUACAACCAUUGGCAAAGCCUUGGGUUUGCAGGAAAUUCAGGUGUGGAAAGAUGUUGAUGGUGUCUUGACCUGUGACCCUAGUAUUCAUCCAUGUGCAGAACCUGUCCCUCAUUUGACAUUUGAUGAGGCAGCAGAGCUUGCAUACUUUGGUGCUCAGGUCCUACAUCCACAAUCCAUGAGACCAGCCAGAGAGGGUAAUAUCCCUGUUAGAGUCAAGAAUUCAUACAACCCUCAAGCUCCCGGUACCCUUAUCACUAAAACAAGAGAUAUGGACAAGGCAGUGCUGACCAGCAUAGUUUUGAAGCAGAACGUUACAAUGUUGGAUAUAGUCAGUACCCGCAUGCUUGGUCAAGUUGGCUUCCUAUCAAAGGUGUUCUCAAUAUUCGAAGAUUUGGGCAUAUCUGUGGACGUUGUUGCUACUAGCGAAGUUAGUAUAUCUUUGACAUUAGAUCCUUCUAAACUUUGGAGCAGAGAACUGAUCCAGCAGGAACUUGACCAUGUAGUGGAAGAGCUUGAGAAGAUUGCAGUUGUGAAUCUCCUGCAGCACAGAUCAAUCAUCUCUCUUAUUGGCAAUGCUCAGCGUUCCUCGUUGAUACUGGAGAAGGUAUUUCAUGUUCUGCAAGCCAAUGGAGUUAAUGUCCAGAUGAUCUCACAAGGGGCAUCCAAGGUGAAUAUUUCAUUGAUAGUAAAUGACACUGAAGCUGAACAAUGCGUGAAGGCCCUUCACUACAGCUUUUUUGAGAGUGGUGAUCUAUCUGAACAGAUACUGGAUGCUGAAUUUGGGAAUGGAUCAGCUUUUUCUGCGAUUUGAAAAGCAUUGACUCCAUGUCGGAUUAUCCCCCUCCAUUCUCCUUCACAAUGAUUUUUUGGAUUUCCCAACAAACAUUGUUAUCAGCCAUCGCCAUCUAUUCGAGGGUGUGUUUGAAUGUCAACGGAAAUGUUCGGUCCCUUUUUGUGCCUCCCCAAAUCAUGAAUUGACUGUGGAACAGAUCUCAAAAGCGCCCUGGAGGAGUACCGGUUGGUAACACUCAUUUUUAUUCUUCCAAAAAUCUGUCCUUAACUAAAAUGGAGCCUAUUAGCACCCACCCCAAAACUAAAAUGGAGCCUAUUAACUAAACCUGGCCCUGCGUAUGAAACUCACCUACCAAAUAUGGCAGGCUAUUUUAAUGGGCCACCCAGCCCAUUGUCAGGUCUAUGUUAUUUUGGGCCUAGAGUCUAGCAGCCCAUUAUUUGUUCGGAUUUGUUUUAAAACAAUUAAUUAGAUUUGCACAUUUAUUUC